UCCUUCCUCUCCUAGGCUCCGUUUGCCGUAGCAUACACCCUCCCGAGGGGUUUGCCUGGAUCAUUUAUUUAUCUCGUGCGCAUUAAGAAACCACCAUUAGGCUUUGGUGGGAGGCGCCUUGCUCGGUGCGCGCUCGCCUGCCUCCGCGGCGCUGCCAGAGGAAUACACAAUCGAGCCGAAGCUGCAAGCUUGGCAGGAGCUGCCUUUGCGUGCCCAUUUACUUGCCGGAUCCGUAUAUUUUUUUGCCGACUGGGUCAUUGCCGCUUCCCUCCAGGGUUUCAUCUUAAUUUUUAUUUUUUUUUUUCCGUGUGUGUGGAUUAUUUAAAUUUUUUUCUUUUUUUUUUUUCUUUUUUUUUUUUUUUUUUUCGGGAAUCCUCGCCGGAGUUUUGAUGCCGAGCCGGACUUAGCGCGGGCGCGGAGGAGCUGCGCGGAGCCGUGCCGAGCCGUGCCUCCUGCCCCGGGCCCCGCCCGCGGAUCGGCCUCCCUGGCCCGGCGCCGGCCGCGGGUUGGCCGCGGGGCCGCGGAGUGGCGGGUGCGCUGCGCCGCGCCGCCGCCUCCCCGCGGAGCCGCCGAGGGAUGCUGCUGCGCCGCGGCCGGGCAUAGGCAGGAGCCGAGCGGGCGGGGGAGGGAAGGAAGGAAAGAAAGACGGAAAGAAAGGAUCCCCCAAGCCCCGAGGGGAGAGGAAAGGCGAGAAGGUGCGUGAAUGUGAAGGAAUGUACCUGCACGUCGCCGGAGCCGCACGCUUGGGAUAAAAAAUAAAUUAACCGAGGAGGCUGAUCUCUGCGACUUAUUACCCGGAAAAAAAAAAAAAAAAAAAAAAGGAAAAGCAAAGAAAAACCUUAUAGCGGAGGGACAAGAAGAAGAGCGACGAGGCUGCAGCGAGCAGCGCUAGAGUCGGGCACCCGGCGGAUGGCGCGGCCGUCCCGCUGACUCCGCGGCCGCGGGAGGCUGCGCGGGGCGGCGCGGCGCGGGGCAUGCCGUGCCGGCGGCGUGACUGAGCGGGGCGCUCCCGCCGCCCGCUCCGCACCGCGCCGCGCUCCCCUCCGCUCUCCUCCGCCGCAUGCCGCCGGCAGCCGCGGCGCGCUGAUGCCCCGGGGCCGCGGCGGCGCUGCGGACGGCCCCUAGGAUGAGCGAGGGGGCUGCCGGCGCCGCGGCGCCCGGGGCGGCGGAGGCGGCGGCUGCGGCGGGGGGCCCGGGCGGGGAUGGGGCCGGGGGGCCGCCGCGGGAGCUGCGCUGCAGCGACUGCAUCGUCUGGAACCGGCAGCAGACGUGGCUGUGCGUGGUACCCCUCUUCAUCGGCUUCAUCGGUCUGGGGCUCAGCCUCAUGCUGCUCAAGUGGAUCGUGGUGGGCUCCGUCAAGGAGUACGUCCCCACCGAGCUGAUGGACGCCAAGGGCGUGGGGCAGGACCCCUUCUUCCUCUCCAAGCCCACCGCCCCCCCCCGCGGCGCGGAGACCACCGCCGCCGCCACGCCGCGGCCGCCCAGCCGUGUCAGCCCCCGCCUCACCACCAUGAGCCGGGCUCCCCCGCGGCCCCCCGGCACCCGCGGCCCUGCGCGGGGCGGCCCGCGGCCCACCGCGGCCAGGCACCCCGUGUCGCCGCACACGGCGCCGCCCGCCAGCGGCCCCCCCGGCACCGCCGGCCGCGGCGCCCGGCCGCCGCCCGCCGCCCCCAGCACCCCGCCGCUGCCCGCCUGGCCCACUGCGGCACACGCUACCUCCUCCUACAAGAUCUACGUCCACGACUCGGCGCCGUCCUGGACCUUGUCUCCCUUCCAGGAGUCGACCACCACCACGCCGGAGGCCAGCACGACCCCCAAAACCCACACUACAACGUAUUCCACGGAGCGCUCGGAGCACUUUAAGCCAUGCAAAGACAAGGACCUUGCAUAUUGUCUCAACGAAGGGGAAUGCUUCGUGAUCGAAACCUUAACAGGAUCCCACAAACACUGCCGGUGCAAAGAGGGCUACCAAGGAGUCCGCUGUGACCAAUUUUUGCCGAAAACCGACUCAAUCUUGUCAGAUCCAACAGACCAUUUAGGAAUUGAAUUCAUGGAGAGCGAGGAGGUGUACCAGCGCCAGGUGCUGUCCAUCGCCUGCAUCGUCUUCGGCAUCGUCGUGGUGGGCAUGCUGUGUGCAGCCUUCUACUUCAAAACAAAGAAACAAACCAAGCAGAUUCACGAACAGCUGAAAGAAACGCAGAAUAGGAAAACCUACAGCCUAAAUGCUUCCAGCAUGAUGGCAAAGUCGGAGUGUAUGGCACAGAGCCAAGUCCAGCUGCAAAAUUAUUCAAAGCCAGAUAGGCACCCGGGGCCCAUCCUGCACAAAGUUAUGGAGUCUAGUUUUUCAGGCACCCAGUCAUUCCCAGAGGCCUUGUCUCCUGACAGAGGAACCCAGCCCAUCAAGCACCACAGAAGUCUCUCUUCAUGCUGCAGCCCAGGACAAAAAAGUGGGAUGCUCCAUAGAAAUGCCUUUCGGAGGACUCCUCCCUUGCCUCGGGGUAGGUUCAAUGGGAUUACAGGACCAGCAUAUCAACAGCUCCAAGAGUCCAGGAUCACGGACCAGGACACCAUACCUUGUCACGGGUAUUCAUCCAGUGGUUUAAAAACUCCUCAGAACCCUUCAAUAAAUAUGCAACUGCCUUCAAGAGAGACAACCCCAUAUUUUAAUAACGUGGAUCAGAAGGACUCGGUCAGCUAUUCCUCUUCAAGGGCCAACUCCGUUCCCAUCAUCCCGUCUGUGGGCUUGGACGAAGCCUGCAUGCAAAUGCAUAAUGUUCCUGAAGUAACAGGCAUCAAAUGGUGCAAAAACUCCUAUUCUGCUGAACUUGUCAACGUGAGUUCCCCAGUCAGUAAUUGUCUAAUAGCAGAACAACACGAAGUGAAAAUAUUGCUAGAAACUGUGCAGGAGCAGAUCCGGAUCCUGACGGACGCGCGGCGGGCGGAGGACCUGGAGCUGGCGAGCAUAGAGGCGCAGGGCGGCGCGAGCGAGAACACGGCCUUCCUGCCCAUGAGCCCCACGGCCAAGGCAGAGCGGGAGGCACACUUUGGCCUGAAAAGUGAAACGCAGAGAGACUCGGUAUUGACCAAGUGACUCCGUGUGGGGCUUGUGGGAGGGGAAACGAGAGGUCUGUGCAUUCGACGCUUUGCUGAACAGGAAGGGAGGAAGUUAAAUACAAAUUAUUUAUAUGCAUUAAUUUAAGAGCAUCUACUUAGAAGAAACCAAAUAGUCAAUCGCCCUCAUAUCAUAGUGUUUUUUAACAAAAUAUUUUUUUAAGGGAAAAGUUCCAGGAGGGAUGAAGCGUGCUUUUAGAUGCUUUCUAGGCAGGAUUACACAGUUCCAGUUACAGAGGACUUUUCCGUGGUCCUGUUCGGCUGUCCGAAGGCUUAGGCUAUGCAUCUCUUUUUCAGUAAAGGCCAAGUACCGUCCUUAGAUGCAUUUCUGGUUUCAGGUCAGCACUGCAGUGAGCUGCUGGGCAGGGAUUCAGACCCUGGAGAACAUGUCCUGUAAGGCCAACAGAGAUCCAGUCCCCUCUCCCCCUUUGCUCUUGAUUCCAGGUUCACAUCACGAGAACAGGCGCACAGACACCUAGUUCUGAGUUCUGGUACCUGCUGUGGAAUGAUGACAACGUCCCUGAAUUGAGGUUUAACUCUCAACCUUAGUUUGAUGUGUCAGUUGCCCCAAGAAAGUAAAUGGAAUCAUUUAUGAGCUUUGGGAUUGGCCAAGAGUGGGAGCAGGAUUGGGGUCUGUAGAGAUUCAGUGAGUCCACAGCUGCUCCAUCUGCUGAGCUUUGCCUAUCAGAGCUGCCUUGGUGGAGAGUGAGGAAGAACGAGAGAAAAUGUAUAAGUGUGUAUUACAACAGGUUUGGUUUUGGUUUCUGGUUUGGGUUUUUUUUUAAGUGGAAACAUAAACUCUGUUGUUCGUUAGCACCCCUCAACGUUUCUAAACUUUUACACUUUAAAAGCAUUUGUAAGCUCUCAAGGAGCACUUCUCAGUGUGUGUGUAUUUUUUUAAACUUAUUUUUUAUUAUGGCUUGUUCAGAGAAGAGUCAGGGAGAUCCAGUAUGAUCAAAAUCCAGCCAAUAAGUGUCCACGCUGCCUAAUUUGUUCCUGCAUUCAGUUCUCCAGUCACUUUAAUUAAUUAUGGCUUAGGCUUGUGAACUUUAAAGCUUCAACCCUGCAGAUAGUUCAGUAUGGGCAGGCCCACAGGCAUGCAGAGAUCUGACUGUGAUGGAGCUUUCUAAGAGCAGAUGGUUUCCACCAAGUUGCUCCCUGCAGAGGAUCAAGGCCUCAGAGAGGAUGUAUCAUUCCCUGGUUGCCAUAUCCUGAUCACAUUGUAAGUCCUUUUUGCAUUAGCUUUCUUUUGAGUCCCUCUUCCCCCCAUAAAUUGUAACAAAAUGUGCCAAUUUUGCAAUUAAUUGGGUUCAGUGACACACCUUAUUAGUCUUAUUAGUUUAUUAGUCUUAAAACAUCUCCUUGUUUUCGGGGAGGGGAAAAAAAUCCACUAUAAUAAAUAAUCGCUAAAUAGCCUUCCCUGGUUAGUGCCAGGAGAUUGAUUAAAAAAAAAUUAGAGUAUAUACAGAAUGUAUUAGAAUAUUUCUUUGAAGCAAAAAAAUUGUUAGAUUUAUUAAUGUGCCCCAGACUUUCUAGUUCACAAGUCUCAAGACUUCCCAAAAUAGCACAAUCAAUCCCACAGUGCUGUUGUAUGUUGAGUCAGAAUAAAGCAAUAUCUUAACCUCUGUCAAGUAAAUUUGGAAAAGAAAUUAUGAAGGUAUAUGUCAUUUUUUUUGUUAAGGCAGUAAAAACAUUAUUUUUGACAGUCUUCAUAUUCAGCAAGUCUUAUUUUGGAUUGCUUUUGUGGUUUUGGGGGUACUCGUAAAGAUAAAGUUGAUGAAAUUGUCCUGUUUACAGAAUUUUCUAUGGCUGCAAUCUUUGCUGUGUGUUUUCAACAGAAAUGUAUUUGAGGCCAAACUAUUGUUUUAUGCCCCAGGAUGGAGCGUGAGGUGUGCAGACUCCCUUCUGCAAAGACAGAGCUUUUGUUGUAGCAGUGAGGAGGGAUCCCUGUGGGGUUUGGGCUCACCCUGAUAUUUUCCUGCUAUAUGUGGUGGCUGGGCACAAUCUCACUGUGCAUGAGCCGAGCUGGCUGUGGUGGGCAUGGCCCUGAGCCCACUCCAGAUAAACCCUCUGAAAGGCAGGGUGCAUUAGGUGGGCUCAGCUUUGUACCCCUACAGUCAUUGGGCUUUUCUGUCCACACCACUUGCCUCCCCCCAUCUCAGGACAUGAGCAAAGGGAGCUUGCCUCUGCCCAUAAGCCCUGUGAACAUACGUGAAUUUUCAUGUUAUAUGAAAACUGGGUGCUAUAUAAAGCUCUGGGUCAACAAUUUUCAAAUUGUGAUCACAAUUCAUGAAUCGUUCACCAUUAAUUUCUUCGAGAUGAUCUUUCUGCAAUACAGUGCAGAAUCCUGCCCAAACUGAUGCUUAAAAAUUCAAUCUUUUCAAUUCAGAUUCAAGAUCUUCCCUCCCCCAAGCUCUGCAAAUUCACCUCUGGCAACAUAAUGGGAACACACAGCAAGAUUUCAGUUGAAGAAAGAACCAUAUCAUAGUCCAUGCCUUUAGGGAGAGAAUGUGUUCAUGCAGCACCCCCGAAAGACCCAGAAAGAGGAGACGAGCAAUGUAUUUAAGAGAAUGAAAUGUUUUACUGAAUGAUAGCUGAAGAUCUGAAAUGGUGAGGAUGUCUUUGGUUCAUGUUAGAGAUACGAUCUUGUACUCAGCAAAGGAUGUGUGACUGUUAUAUGUUAACUGUUCUAUUCAGUUCUCAGCAUGUUUGAAUAGAGAGAUGUUCAUAUUAACCAAUGACAGACUAGUGUAUUAUUUGUUCAGAGCAUCGCUUCAGAUCUUACUGAGACUGUCAUUGUUUGCAGAGGAAAACAAAAAGGGUUGAAAACAUCCAACUAGGUAGCCUUAAUGUUGUUUGUGUGGUUUUCUAAUGCAACUGUUUUCCUCUGUGGACCUUCCUGUUUUACAGUGAAUGGGGCAACAUUUUCUAUGAGGUCUGACAAUUAAUUGUGUAAAGCAUCCAUUUGAAAGUCGUACUGAAACAGCCGACAUGGUAGGCCAAAUUUUGUUUUGCUUCUGGUCCCACUGAACUCGUGGAUUGGAAGGGAUGCAAGUCAUUGAGAAAUGCAAUUCAUUCCUAAAAGUACAUCUGUUCCCGGCCUUGGAGACAGUUUGUAAUCCCCCUGGAAGAGGCUCUGAACUCAGUCGUUUACGUGGAUCAUAAUUAAAAAUUUUAUCUGACCUAUGAAGUUCCAGGUGUAGUCUGGUGUGAAAAUCUACACACAUAGCACUGCAUUCAAACAAACUGGGAGAGCAGCUGACUAAAUAAAUUGAACUUUCUGUGAACUGAGUAGAGAGAAAGCCUGUGUCUCCAGCACAACACCAUGGAGAAUUGUGAGAGGGAUAUAUCCUGAUCUUUUUAAAAAAGUUUAUUUCCCUUUAGAAUUUCUUCAAAAACAAUCCAAAAUAAUCCUAAAAAAAGUUAAAAACCAGUAGAACAAUCCCAGCAUUUGAAAUAGGAGAUGUGGGUAAGUAUGGGCACAUUUGUAGUGUUUACCAUUGAAAAACUCUUCAGUACCCCAAGGCCCAAAGCUGGAAUGUUGUCAUUUUUUCAGGCACAUUUUUUCAGGCACAUCAACAAAUGGUUCUGUGGAGCACGAGCCCUUCAGAAUGCCUUUGGUACCUGGCCAUGCUCUCAGCUGCUGUGGUCAAUGCAGCAAUGACAGCAUCUGUUAGCAGAGGAUCACAUCCCAAAUCUGUGCUGCUUGAUGCCCAGUGUAGUGCCACAAAGCUUAGUAGUCUCCCCUGUGAUGUCAGCCCUGCUACACAAAAGGAUUUAUUUUGCCUUUGAGCAUCCCAGCAGAGUGUGAGCCCUCUCAGCUCCUUGGCUGGGUGAUGGGGUUGGGUUGUCAGCUCCAUCUGGCACAGGCUGAGUGUCCCUGGCCAGGCUGAGCAGCAGUGAACUUGCCACCAUGUGGCUGAUCCCAGAGCCACUCAGCAGCAUCCUUCAAGUUUAAAUUUUGAAAUAAACAGUGAGUUGAUGGCGUGUGCUUAUGACCAAGCAUGUGCUCAAUAUGCUCCCAAAUUGAAAUGUUAGCAGUUAAUUCACACCUGCUUCUCAUGUAAGUAGGGAGAAAAUCUGGAUUCCUUUUCCCAAUUUAUCCCCAAGUUCCUGUAGUCUCCUUUUGGACAUUAGUUGAACAUCUCUUGCUCUUAUAAGAAAUUCUGAAAAUUAACACCAAAGAAGAACUCUGAAAGAGUCCUAAAGCAGCAAAUAAAUUUGAAGCUUGAAGGAGCAGACCUGGAAUAAAAACUGUGUUUGAAAGUGGUAUUAAUAUCAAUUGCCUUUCAAUAAAAUGAAAUUUCCCAGUAAACUCUUUACCCCUUAGGAAAAAAAUGAGCUUAUAAAGUGAUUUAUUAUCUUGCCAUGAAUUUAAAAUGUUUAUCUUCAAGGAGAUUGGGGAAAAGUAAAUAUUUAGUAUCGAUUUUUCAGCUUUUUGUGAUUUUUAAAAAUUUUAUUUCAGCAGCCUAACAGGUCAAUGAACCCAUUAUCUGUAUUGUCUGACACAUAGUCAUAAAGUCUCCUCUUUUGUGGUCCAAAAGCUGCAAUGAUAGAUUUCCUUAAAGGGAUCAAGAUUUUAUCUAAUUUUAUUUUUAAAUUGUUCAUAGAAUAAUACAGUUAUUUAUCUUGCUGAAAAUAUAAAGUGAUGCAAACUUUUUUUUGGUUUUGUACUGCAUUAUUGCUGAACUCACAGCAAGACUGUGCUUCCUUUGUUUUGAUGCCUACUUGCAGGAAAACAACUGACACCCAGUUUUCAGGUUUAGACUUGGUGUGGGAAUUAGUAAAGGUUGUAAGAUUUUUAGUAAGUUGGGAAAGUAGGUUUUAGAAAUAGAAAGUGAAAAGGGAAAAAAGCCAACACAACUUGGCACUUCUAAAUCAUGGUAUCAGGCAGGAUUUCUAUAUUUUUCAUAGCAAAGUUCAAACAUGAUACAGAAAUGAAAAAGCUACCACAGCAGUAAAAUUACUAAUAAAGUAGGCCUGUGUUUUGUUUGGUGGAGUUUUUUAGGUUUGUUUUUUUUCAUUCCAUGGCAAUCAGAGGAUUUUACCAUGGGAAUUGGUAGUCUCUUGCAAGAAAUACAGAAUGCAUUAGAGACAGUGGAAAGUCAUCUCUAUAGCCCAGAACUAGAAAAGCCACAGUGGAGGAGGAAACAGUCAUCCAGUGUUUGCUGCAGGGGAUGAGAGUGCUUUCAUCUUAAUAGUACAAACCAGUACAGUUGUUUACCCUUGAAAAGUUUACCUGCUAGGAAAGGUAAAUUAUCUGAAUUUAAUAAUGACCACAGUGGUAGUGUUUGGUUAAAGGAAAAGGGGCAGAAAUUUCCAAUUUUUUCCUGCUUGCCUUGUCCCUUGGAACAAAUCUAAUUAUGUUUUGGUUCUGUAUUAUUAAAUCACUGUUUCCAGUGCUUCAGAAACAGAGCGCUCACACCUCACUGACAGCCUGCACUCUUCCUUGCUUGAAAGAUUUAGAAGUUUCCUCUUUGAUCAACACUCCUGUAAAAAAGGGGUGAUUUUUCUAAUACCCCACAAGGCUGUUCUUGUGCAAGUUUUCCCAGAUAAGUAAUAAAAAUACAGCAAGACCACCUAUAAUUCUAUUUUUAAUAUAAGAAACUAUAUAUAGUACUUUACAGCUAUAAUGGAGAAGAGUUAUUGAGGACUGAGGUGUGUAAAUAAACUAUAGGAUAUAAUGUAUGUCAGCAGCAUGGAAAUCCUGUAUUUGUACCAUAGCUUUUAAUAAUACAUUCUCUUCACACCAUCAGGAGACCUACAUGCAGUUUAUAAUUUUGCUUUCCUUGAGGGGACCAUGGUCUGCACCUCAUCACUGUAGUAACUGGGCACUGAUGUACCCCUGUCCUUAUUUCUUGCAGUGCAAGAGCCACUUCUGUGCUGUCCACGCCUGCUUUGGUCCAACUGAAUCCACUGAAUUUGUAACCAUUCAGCUUCUUCAUUCACAUUCAGUUUUACCUUGCCCUCAGAAUCAAGAGUAUCAGCCUGACACUUGGGACCCUGAAUAAAUUUAAGGCCUUAAAGAAUUUAAUGCACUUAACAUUUGUCUGCUUUGGUUUGACCUGAUGGGAAACCUCUCCCUUGAAGAAGGAUUUAUGCAGCCUGUGCUGCAAGGCACUUUACUGCCAUUCCUUUAAGGAGUAUGGAACAAGAGCUCCCAGCUGUGUAAAUAUUUGGAAACAAAAAAAAAAAAAAUACAAAUAAUAAUAAUGAAAUAUAAAAGAAUACUACUAAUAAUUAAUAUUCUAAAAUAAACAAUAGUUCCUUGCCUUCUCUGAAAUACACAGUAGUAGUUAAAGGUUAUCAAGAUGCAUCAGAGAUACGAAGAAGGCUCAGUGAGGCUGGUUUAUAAGUCAUAUGUAUUUUCUCAGGAAACCCAGGCUUGGAGUUUCCCUUGCUUACAUUAAGAUGAUUUUUUCAUAGCAUGAAAUUCACUCCUGUACAUUGCAUACCUCAGCAGAAGCAGGACAGAAACAGAACAAGCUUCACUUUGGCUUUCUGACUCAAGUUAAACUCUCUUGCUUUAGAUUAUCUCUGAUCUCUUCCAGGAAAGAAUAAAUGAAUAUCCAAAAAGAAAAGAAGAAAGACUUGAAUACUUGAUGUAAUUUUUUAAUCAAAAAUCAACCAAUUGCUAUUAAGACUGGAGCCAUCUGCUCCACUGAACUUCAGUGUUCUAGAAAUAGCUGAGGCUUACGCUGCUCUUGAUGGGGCAAACAGCAGGUGGUACAAGCAUCACCACCCUCACCACCCCAGCAAGACACACUGGGAACAGCUGGAGAACAGGGCAGGGAGCCUCUCCUGAUUGAGGCACAGUUUUUCCAUGGCUGAGGAGGGAUGGAAUUCAUGUCGAGCCAGAUCCACAUCAUCUGAGAAACUUGGCUUUUCUUUCUUUCUCAGAUCAUUCUCAUUUCACUGAAAUUGCACACUAAUUUGUUUUUAAGUUAGGGAUUUCCAAACUCUGCAAUCCUUUGAGGUGCUGAAUUUAGGAAGCAGAGACUUCCAAAGAAAAAAGCAAAAUUUCUUCUGUAUUUUUUAAACAAUUACAAAUACAUGUAUUAACUAUUUUUUUUUCUAAAUCAGAUGUUGGAAACCUAAAUUACAAAUAUUGAUAUUUACCUACUGAUAAUAGGGGAUGGCUGAGAUGUGUGUUUUAUGUUUCUCUCCUGAUCUUGUUGAAGAUGUCCCAGCUUGUUGCAGGGGUGUUGGACUAGAUGACCUUCCAAGCUGAAUUAUGCUAACAAUGUUCAAGUUAGUUCUUUCAAGUUGCCCACAAAAAGCUGGAUAUUUCUGUGUGCAUCAAUGCUAAUUUUGGGUUGUAAAGGUAAAUAAGAUUUUUGGACUACAUAAAACUUCCAUGUCAGACUCUGGUGUUGCACAAGUGGCAGCUGUUUCACUGCAAGCACAGUUAAUGUGAAGGCUCCCAAAGGAGGAUAUUUGUGGUGGCUCAGCAGUUGAGCUGCCUGAAAUAAACCCCAGGUCUCCACCUGUGCCGUGCUAACCUCUGCUUCUUUCCAAAGGUGACCCACAGGGUGUCUGAGCUCCUCCACCAGUGACUGUGCCAAAAGGCAGGUGUCAGCACUGACUUCUGUGAAGGCUCCUCUCAUUAAAUCAAAAUGAAAUAAUAUGAGCUAAAAAUUGAUGGGCUGGAUUCUCCAAGGUAUUGCCCGGGAGUUACACAGAGUGCCAGCAGCAGUGCUGAUUUACAAUUUCUGAGCCUGUGGCCCAUGGUUUGACCUAAUUCAUUAGUUCCCACCACCUGAGCUGGGGCAAUUUAAGCAGAAAUGUCUCUGCCCAUCAGGGUAACUACAGAGAAUUGUUAAAGCAGUUUGAUUCCAACUAACCUCAUUUUUUUUUUACUUCAUUGCAUAUUCUCCUUGAUUAUUGCAGAGGUGAAGCUGCUUCCAAAGCCUUAAAAUUGUCAUCGCUGAUCUGUCUUUGCCAGAGCUGUGGUCACUCAGCUGCAGUUCUGACUCCAGUUCUGCAGAUCAGAGCUGGCUCUUGCAGUCCAAAAAUCAUGUAUGUACCAUAGAAUGGUUUGGUUUGGAAGACACCUUAAAAGAUACCUAUUUCCAUCCCCCUUUCCAUGGGCAGGGACACUUUGCAAUAGACCAGGUUAUCCCAUCCAACCUGAACUUGAAAACUUCCAGGGAUGGGUGGCUUCAGCUUCCCUGGGCAGCCUGUGCCAGUGCCUCCCAUCCUGACAGGGAGCAAACAGUGCAAGCAAAAUUCUCCCCACUCGUUCUGCAGCAAUUGUAUGCAUUCAGAUCUUGGCACUAUCAGGCUGAUCAUUCACAUUAUCAAUUUUAUUUAACAAAGCUAUCUCUUAUAUGUAAUUUCCAUGCUGCUUCUCUGGAUGUUAUAUAGAGAAGCAUGAAGGCAAAUUCAGCUUGUCUGCAUUUUCACUUCAGAUAACAAUGGUACGGUUUUUUCCAAAGCAGGUCAGGAGACCAGCUCUAAAUUUCUGAGCUCCCUGUGGGGACUGGGGUUAUUCUGUCCAUGUGCUUUCUUAUCCAAUCUGUCUUUCUUCCCAAGAAGCUCUCUUUCUUCCAACAGCCCUUAUUCCUGAAAACAUCUAAAAGAUUAGCAAAGCUAAGGCAAGAUACGUGCUCUUGUCAUUUGUGCAGAAGGGACAGGGGCAUCAGUAAGGGCUAACUACCAAAAGUUUCUUCAGCUGAUUCCAUUAGUAUUUGCACAGACAGGUGAUGCUAAAAUGACUCUGUAUGGUUUGGUCACACUUAUUUGCAGGCUGUUACAUACAUAAGCUGUUUUAACUUGUCUGUGGUUUGCAAUAUCUUGGGCAGACUUUCAGAAUGCUCAGGACAGCAUUUGCCACUCUCCUUCACUUCCAUCUCAGUUUCAUUUGCCUGAUGGAUGUUUCUGUGACAUUGGCAAGGGGGCUGCACCAAGUGCCACAUCACCUUCUGGCCAGCAGGACAAACCAGCCCUUCCUGAAGCCUUGCAGGCAGUGGUCUGGGUGGUGAGGAAGCGUCCCACAAGCUCAGAUCCCUCUUUGGACAGGGAAUAGGGUUUACAGUAGGGCAGGCCUCUGAUGCUAAAAAUGAAAAACUCUCCCAAGGUUUUGGGCAACUUGGAAAAACACCCUGAAAAUCACAGUUCUUUAAAUAAGGCUCCUGUCUAACCUCAUACAGAUUGGCAACAAAGUUGUGAUUUUCAUUUCAGUUUCUCUGGUAAGUAGUGGAGUAGCUCUGCAUUUUCAUUAAUUUAAAGCUGUCUGUAGAUGGCUUCAGAGAGCAAAGAGAACCCAUCACUGUGGGAGUGGCUGUGCUCUGGGAAGGUGCUGUAGCUCAUGGGCAACUUUCCAUCCUUGUGGGCAGGAUCUGGGCACCAGCACAUUGCCUGUCUUCCUUAAUUAGCUGAGAGAAGACCAGGCAGAGCCCUGCACUCCUCGCUCACGGGCUGCUGCUGAGGCCUGGAGCAAAUCCCUACACUAAAAGCACUUAAAAAUGGAACAGAGGUGAUGGAAACGUGGUUUGUUCACUGUGAAUAUCCAGCUGGGAUAGUUGGAAUAACUGCAAGGGAAGAAUUGCCUUUGCAAAUCAUGUGCCUGAUUUACUGGUUAAAUAGUUUUUCAGUCCUCCCUAUUUAGUCAACAAGGACAUUAAGAUGUCCAGAAAUAAAAGUGGAAUGAUUGGUUCCCAGUACAAAUCUUAAUGGUCACAAAUCCAAUAUUUCAGAUUUUUUGCUCAGCACUUAGCAAGUAGAGUCUAUCAGGCUUCAUUUAAAUAUUGUAGAGUUACACCUGAUUUUAUGCUUUCCUUUAUUGGUCACUAGAUCUUUUCUAUGUCACAUAAAGUUAUGUUUACCUUAAAACUGAUCUGUAGAUAUGCCUGAAACAGCACCUAAUAUGAACAUAAAGUCAAUGUUCUCAAUGCUAGGGUGAGUCUUGUGAAAACUUUUUUGCAGCCAAAAGUCUUGAACCAUUCACUGAAGUAAGACAACUAUUUGAUUUCAACAAAAUGGAUUUUGUUGUCAAUAAAAUCACUGAUAAACACUUGAGUUGGAUUUGGGACUUCUGAAUAUAUAUAUAUAUAUAUAUGUAAAACUACAUACACAAACUUUCUUUUAGAUCACAGAAAUGAAUGCUCCAACUUAAAGUUUAUUCAUCUAAAUAGCUGGAGAAAAUAUCCACUUAAUCACAUAGUCUAAACACAUUGAAGUAGGGGGGAAAAAGGUGUUCAUUUUCACCUGUGUUUAUUUUUUCACCAGUAAAAACAAAUAAAAAGACAAGAAAAACAAUCAUAGUGCCUAUGACAAAGAUUGUGUUUCAAGAAGUGUGCAAUGUGUACCACGAUUACUUUAACUGCAAAUGGAAGCUGCUUUUAGGCUGAGUUUGGUUGAAAGGAAAUGUCCUUAGAAAAACUGUCACGCAGAAUCCCAGGAAAUGUUUUGGUUCGAUAUGUUUGGCCUCCAUUUUUGUGGAGCUGUACAUUCCUGUCCAUGGUUCUAAAGGAUAAAAAAAGAACUUAUUUCAGAAUCAA